AUGAUGGUUUCAUCACAACAAACCAGAAAUCCAACACUUUGGUUGACUGAGUGGGCUCCAGAGCCACGGGACGUCUAUUGGCCAAACUUAGCGAUUCCAUAUGUUUCCCUAACUGCUAGAAGGUUGAUCGUAGCUGUUGCGUUCUUUUUUCUCACUUUCUUUUUCAUGAUCCCGAUUGCAAUAGUACAAGCUCUUGCGAGUCUUGACGGAAUACAGAAAGCAGCACCAUGGUUGCAUCCGCUUGUUAGGGUCCCUUUCAUUAAGUCAUUCAUUCAGGGUUUUCUACCUGGUAUUGCAUUGAAGCUUUUUCUUAUCUUCUUACCAUCAAUAUUGAUGAUGAUGUCAAAAUUUGAAGGCUUUGGAUCUAUAUCUUCUCUUGAGAGAAGAUCGGCUUCUAGAUACUACCUUUUUAGUUUUGUGAAUAUAUUUCUUGGGAACAUACUUACCGGGACAGCAUUUCAACAGCUCGACUCUUUCAUUCACCAACCAGCCAAUGAGUAUCCUAUAACAAUCGGCACUGCAAUUCCUUUAAAAGCUAGUUUCUUCAUCACCUAUAUAAUGGUUGAUGGAUGGUCUGGUAUAGCUGCUGAGGUUUUGAUGUUGAAACCACUAAUUAUAUAUCACUUGAAGAACUUCUUCUUGGUUAAGACUGAAAAGGACAGGGAAGAGGCCACGGAUCCUGGAAGUAUAGGUUUCAACACUGGAGAACCUCGCAUACAAUUGUACUUUCUGCUGGGCCUAGUCUAUGCUGCAGUGACACCUACUGUUCUUCCUUUCAUAAUAAUUUUCUUUGGGUUGGCCUAUGUUGUGUUCCGCCAUCAGAUAAUCAACGUUUAUAAUCAAGAAUACGAGAGUGGUGCAGCAUUCUGGCCUGAUGUCCAUUUCCGUGUCAUAAUUGCACUGAUAGUCUCACAGCUAGUUCUGAUGGGACUCCUAACCACCAAAAGAGCUGCUUCAUCAACUCCUUUUCUCAUUGCGCUACCGGUACUGACGAUAUGGUUCCAUAUAUACUGCAAAGGCCGUUUCGAAUCUGCAUUUUCUAAAUAUCCCUUACAGGAAGCGAUGAUGAAAGAUACAUUAGAACGAGCUACAGAUCCGAACCUGAACAUAAAAGGUUACCUUCAACACGCUUAUGUUCACCCAGUUUUUAAGGCUAGCCUUGAGGAUGCUGAUGAGGAGGAAGAUGUAACGAGUCUUAAGUGGGAAACUGAGAGUGCUACUGUACCUACAAAACGCCAUUCACGAAGGAAUACACCAUUGCCCAGCAGAGUUAGCGGUGCAUCGUCUCCACCUAUGCUUGAUGGCAUUAAAGACGAUCCAGAGUCAUAG